UUUUUCUGUACGACAAAACCGCGCGGCGUGUGUUAAGCUGUCCUGAUGUGAGUCGUUUGAACUUCGUCCUAGCUACACACUGAUAGGAAAUAAAGGAAUACAAGAGAUCUUCACAGAAGACACCAGCUUCUGUCCUUUAAAAUGAGUGACGAUACAGAUUCCCCUCCCGAGAGGGAAAUGAAGGAUUUUCAGUUUCGUCAGAUGAAGAAAGUACAAGUUUUUGAGCCUUCUGAAGACUUGCCAAGAGACAGAUCUAGUCUGCUUACCAUCUCAAACAAAUAUGGUUUAACAUUUGUGGGGCUUGACACAACAUUUAAAGUAUAUUUAACUCAAGAUAUUCUGGCUGCUGAUAAAUCUGAUGGCAACUCCUACGAAAUAGUCAAAUGGACACCAGCGCUGGCUGAGGUAACUGUGGAACUAAAUCUGCACCACUUGGCUCUCAGUUGUGAUGAACUCACGUUGUCAGUGUGUGGCAUUUCUGAGGAGGCAGGUUUAUCCCUCACGUUCUAUGAUGUCCGCACCUUCAUGAACAAGGCAAGACCACAGAAGUUACCGUUUGCGUCCCUUCAGGCAGCUGUGCCCCCUGACACUUUAGUGCACGACCUGAAGUGGAAUCCUGCUCAGGCGUCCAUGUUGGCCGCCUGCUUGUCAGAUGGCAGCAUGAUGGUUCUGGAAGUAACGGACGUUGUCAAAAUGCAGGCCCAGCUACCCGCUUCAAGUGGCAUCACCUGCAUUUGCUGGAGUCCAAAAGGAAAGCAGGUUGCUGCAGGAACAAUGAAUGCCACAGUCAUUCAGUACACACCAGCGCUAGAAGAAAAAAAAGUUAUCCCAUGUCCACACUUUUACACCUCUGAAGAACCUGUCAAAGCUCUGGAUGUGCUCUGGUUGAGAACCUAUGUGUUUGCAGUAGCAUAUGCUGCUGCCGAUGGAUCUCUAGAGACCCCUCCUGAGCUAGUGCUGAUUUCCCUCCCUCAGAAAAAGGAUGAAAAAGUGGAGACAAAGUAUCUGAACUUUGGUGACAGUGUGUACGGCAGCUGCACUGAGCGACAGCACCACUAUUUCCUAAGUCACAUAGAGGACUGGGACCUUGUGCUUGCGGCAUCAGCAGCUUCUAUUGAGGUCAGCGUCAUUGCCAGGCAAGAUGACAAGAUGUGGGAACUUUGGAUCUUGGAGGAUGCAAGUAGGGCUGAGCUUCCAGUAACUGAGACAAAUGAAGAUACUCUGCCCCUUGGCUUAGCCAUAGACUACACCAGCCAGCAAGAGAUCCACAUCACUGACGAAAAGACCCUUCCUCCAGCACCUGUAAUGCUAAUGCUAUCCACAGAGGGAUUACUCAGUCCGUUUGCUAUGCUCAACUUCAAUCCGGGGGUUAAGCAGCUAGUCACACCCUGUACUACCCUGGCCUUGGAAGGGGAGAGACUGCCAAAGCCAGGUUCGUUGGCAACCCAACCACCUAAAAUUGCUGCUUCAAUUACCCCUACCCCAGCAGCAUUUUCAAACAUUGGUGCUCCAGUUGCUUCCAUUUCUUCAGCUCUGGCUGCUUCUUCCUCCACUGCCCCAUUCAGCAUCAUCCCUAAAGCUCCUGUGUCAUCAUCCUCAUCAGCUUUUACUUUCUCAAUCCCAACUACCUGCUCUACAACCUCUGCUCCUUCAGCUUUCUCUCUGGGGGGAUCUGCAGUGUUUGGCUCAGGAUCCUCAGGGUUCUCUUUUGCCGCCAAGCCUCCCUCUGACACUCCCACUGCACCUUCAGCAUUUUCUUUUAACACUGCUCCCAUCAAAGCUCCAGUGGUGUCAGUCCCAGUUCCAGCUCCGGCACCAAAGAGCCUUGCUGCUGCCUCACCACCUACAGUGAAACUUAAUCUAAAUGAGAGGUUUUCAGCUGUGGAAACUGCAGCACCAGCUUUUACUUUUAAUUCGUCGCUGCCCAAAUCUGUUGUUUCCAGCUCCAGUACUUUGACUGCACCUCCACUUUCAGCCAAUAAGCCACCAGCAGUUUUAGCCCCAGUGCGCCAUGUUCAGACCAACAUACCUACUACAGUUGCCCAGAAACCUGCUCCUGCUGCGCAGACACGUGUUCAAGCUCCACAGCAGGCAGCAGUCAGUGUCAAGGCCCUGGAGAAACAGCUUCAACAAAAGAAAGACUCUGAUCCCAUCAUGACUGGUAUUUUGGAGGAGAUUGCUCAUUUCCAGAAGGAGUUGGAUGACCUUAAAGCACGGAGUGCAAAAGCCGACUUUAAGGUUGGGACUACCGAAGAGAUGAAGGAGUUGAGAAAAGAGUCAGAGGAUCUCCACAUUUUCACCCUGGAGAUUAAGGAAACUACAGAGUCGCUCCAUGGGGACAUUGGCACACUAAAGACCACCUUGCUGGAGGGCUUUGCUGGGGCAGAGGAAGCAAAGAUCCAGAGUGAGCUGAGCAAAGACAGAAAUUACAGACAGUUGUUGUACAAAAGACCUCUGGAUCCACGCAGCGAGGAACAGCUCAAGGAAAUCCGCAGGCUGUACCAGUAUGUCACGUUUGCUGUAGAGGAUGUUAAUGAUGUCUUGGAUGUGGAAUGGGAGAAACACCUUGAGAAGAGGAAAAAGCAGAAACACAUGGUUGUACCUGGGCGAGAGGGUCUCUUCACUACACUUUCCAACAACCUGUACAUCAUCAACCAGCAGAAGAACAGACUGGAUCAGUUGGUUCACGAGCUCACAUCACUGCGACUCUACAGCAAAGCACCUACUCCUACUAUAAACCAAAAUACUGCAAGAGCAACAACAGCUGGUUUGGAAAAUGAGCUUGAGAGUUUAAAGGACUCGCUCAUGAAAGCUAGACUGGAUACUACCCCUCCAAAGACUAAAUCUUCAGCAGUCAAGAUAUCGCCAGCUAAGCAGUCGCAACUGCGCAACUUCCUCUCAAAGGGACAGAUGCCUCCUGUGCGCUCAACUGCACCAGCCAACCUGUCUCGUUCAGCCUUUCUUUCACCUAAAUAUUAUGAGGACCUGGAUGAUGCGAGCUCAACAUCCUCCCUUUCUCAGUCCCUUGACCCUCACCCGCCUACCUUGGAGCUGGAAGAAGAGGAGCUGCAGCCACUUCAGCCCCUUCCCAUGACUGCCGUGGCUCCAGCACUGACUGCUCCCCGCCACCUAACGGUGGUGAGGACCCCCUCUAUCCAACCAGGCUUUGGAGCCAUCCAGUCCACCCCUCUAACAAAAAUUCCAUCGGUACCGGGUAUGGGCUUUGGAAUUAGCCCUAUUGCUAGCCCUAUUCCAACCAAUAAAAUCAACCUCAGCGGUGCUGAUAGCACUGCACUUGCCACAAAGACGGUAAAGCAUGGAGCACCGCCAACAGAGAGAGCCAUACCUGUCACCAUCCCUGCUCAGCAGGCUGCAGCUACUGCUGCUCUGCGCAGACAAAUGGCCAGUCAAAAGACAGCUGUUGUUAGUACCUCUUUGACAGAGUCCACUUUGAAGACUGUUCCCCAAGUAGUCAAUGUUCAGGAGCUUAAGGAAAAAGGGCCACCUAUGCCAGUUUCUUCCAUCGUCAGCUCUUCAGUGCCAGAUCCCACAGCUCAAGCAUUUGCAGCAGUUUCUACCAACCAGGUUAAGCGAAAUAAUGCCCCAGGUAUCCAAAAGAUGGCCACUGAAAGUACAUCCAUCCCACAAACAGGUUUUGUGUUUGGUCAGCUGUCCAGAACAGAUGUUUCUGUGAUUCCCGCUAGCUCAGGAGAGCAAAACACCAACAAAGGUUUCUCCUUCGCUGCUGGGUCGACAGGCUUCAGUUUUUCUUCAGUCACACAAGGAGCUGGAACAUCACAAGUGAAAGAUGUGAAUAAAUUUUCCUUUGUUGGAAAUGGCAAGGCAGUGUUUGGCCAGACUGUUGAGGAUUCAUUUUCGCUCACCUCAGAGUCCCCCUCCUCUGGCUUUGGCACUGGGUCUCCCACUUUAGCUCAAAACACAUCAGGCGAAGCAGCUAAGCCCACCUCCACCACAACUGCUUUUAUAACAGAGCCACAUCCACCAAAAAUAGUUGGAGGAGAGACACUGGGUAGUUUCUCUGGACUACGUGUAGGCCAGGGAGAAGAGGCCAAAGAUUCCCCCACAAUAUCUGCAUCUGCAUUUACCUUUGGGGACACUGGACUUGGCAAGGGAGCACCACAGUUUAGCUUUGGUGUGGGUCUCCAAAAGUCUGCAGAAGAUUUAACAACAGCAGAUUUGUCUAAGGGGGCAACAUCAGGCAGUUUAUUUAAACCUCCUGAAUCAAACACCAAGCCAACUUUCUCCGUUUCCCCAUUCAGCUCAGCUCCCUCAGCUUUACCUACAUCUUUCAGUAGUCUUCUUGCUGCUUCUUUAGAGUCAUCGGAGGAACCAAAAGCUCCUUCACCAUCAUCAGAACCCACACCACCCCCUGAAAAAGAACCUCCUCUCGCUGAACCUGCUGUGGAAAGCACCAGUAUUGCUGUAGCACCUCAGCCUGCAGUUGAUGCAGUCACCACAGAUAUCACAGCAACCUCAUCAACACCUGCAGCACCAACAUCCUCGCCUCCUUUGGCCACAACUGCUUCUUCUCCAGACCCUCCUUCCACUAUCACUGCACAUGCUGAAGCAACCCCUCCAGCACCAGCCAAUGUUCCCUCCACAGCAGAAGCCACCCCCGACCCCUCAGCUAAUACUCCUGUAUCCACGUCAGCUCAAACUGCUGCCACUGCCACACCUGUCCCACAGGUGGUCCCAGCAGCAUUUCAGGUGCCCACUUCUGAAAAACCAGGCUCUAUAUUUACUCAUUCUACUCCUGCAACAACAGACAACAGUUCUGUUGCAGUCACACCAGUUAUCAACACGGCUGCUCCUGCAGCCACCACUCCCACCCCUACAGUUGUAAACAGUGCAUCAACUACAGCCCCUAACACUGUGUUCGGGCAGCCUGCUGCCCCUCCUGCUUCCUCAGCCCCAGCUUCCUCAGGAUUUGGCUCAUCUGGCUUUGGUACAUCAAGUGGAACUAGUUUCGGCAAAUCCAUGUUUGGUCAGAUGAGUGGUUUUGGCCAGCCUGCCAGCAACACUGGAACAUCUGGUGGCUUUUCUUUUACCCAGUCCACAUUUGGAGCAAAUUCUAGUAGUGCAACUACUGGAGGAGGAGGUCUGUUUGGUUCUGCUACUGCUAGCAACGCAAGUUCCUUCUCUUUUGGCACAAGCAAUGCCAACACAGCCAGCAGUACUGGUUCAGGACUGUUUGGACAAAGUACAGCCCCAACAUUUGGCCAGAGCUCUGGAUUUGGACAAGGAUCUGUGUUUGGAAGUAACACCACCACAUCGUCCUCUUCCGGAUUUAGCUUUGGACAGUCGUCAGCAUUUGGCUGCUCUUCUGCCACCCCUGUGUUUGGCCAACAAUCUACCCCUGGGAGCAUAUUUGGACAGCAGCAGCCGUCAACUGGUGGGAGUCUGUUUGGUUCAAAUGCAGCCAAUACAGCAGGCUCAUCCUCAGGUGGAGGAUUCUUCAGUGGACUGGGAGGAAAACCAAGUGAAGAUGCUGCCAACAAAAACCCAUUUGGCCCCACCGUAUCCACCGGAGGGUUUGGGCAGCCCACUCAGACUGGUGCCACCAGUCUUUUUGGGAAUAGUGGCGCGAAGGCGUUCGGUUUUGGUCAGUCCUUUGGCGAUCAGAAGGCCAGUGGCACCUUCAGCACUGGUGGAGGGAGCGUGGCAUCUCAAGGGUUUGGCUCCUUUUCUACACCUGCAAAAUCAGGUGGUUUUGGUAGUGCUCCAGUGUUUGGAAGUCCCCCUUCUUUUGGUGGUACCGCAGCAUUUGGUGCUGGAGCUUCAUUUGGUUCAAACUCUUCUUUCAACAACCCCAUGUGUUCCUCAACUGGUAAAGUGUUUGGAGAAGGAACAGCAGCUUCCAACAUGGGAGGAUUUGGGUUUGCCUCACCCCCCAGUGCCCCCUCGUUUGGCAAUAUAGCCAGUCAGAAUCCUCCGUCAUUUGGGAGCUUGGCCCAGCAGGGCACUGGUUUUGGAAGUCAGCCCAGCAGCUUCUCAGGCUUUGGACAACAACCACAAACAGGAGUUUUCUCCUUCUUUUAGGGUUCUCUGGAAACACCUUUGGAUCUGCAAACCAAUCCAGUUCUCAGUCAUUUGGUGGUUGGAGAAGUUAAUUUGAAAAAAUCCUCUGUGAAAUACCACAGAUGCUGCAGGGAUACCUGCUUACAAGCUCUUUGUUUUACACUGUGGGAAGAGGAAUAUAUUGAGUUUGGGUUAAAAGGAUAAAUAAAGUGAAGCAGAAAAUGUACUUACAAACAUUUUCAAUACAAAAGAGAGUAGUAAUUCUUUCAAGCAGCUUUUAGAGUGCAGGUUUUUGUCUACAUGGUUUUUUAAAGUACAGUAAAAUUAUCAUUUUAUGUGAGCUUCAUACAUAUAUACUCUGGACUGGACAUAAUAGGUUUAAUGAUUUUAUUUGUACAAGCAAAUAAAAAACUAUGGUUGCAAAGAGUCCUGUACACAGGCCUUCCACAUGAAUCCACAUACUCAGUUAGUCUUGUUGACACUGUUUGAGAAAAUAGUUUCUACAUUUUAAAACAUGCAGAUGUUAAAAAGAAAAAAUAAAGAAAAUUAAAAACUCAGGCUUUACUUUGAACAGUUCACUCUUUGAUGCAGUUGUUAGUUUGUUUACAGUGUGGCUUAUGUUAAGGUUCAUCCCAGCUUUAUGCAGCUGUUGGUGCAGCCUUCAGCAAAAAUAUACUGCAUGUCCGUUAAAUAAUGUUAAAAUAAAACCAUGGUUUUUGCUUAUUAUGGACAGAAUUGCCUUUUUCAAACAAUUUUCUCUGUAAUGCCUUCCUUUGAUGUAUAUUUUUUACAUGAAAUAAUAGAAUUAAAUGAUAUUUCUCAACUUA